CGUCGCUGUGAUCUGACCAAAAUCAAAGUGUUACGAUUCGAUAUCAUCAUCGGCUCUCUCUCUCCCAUUUGUGAUUUUCUCAAACCCUCCUCUUCUCUCGAGGUGCUCUCAUGGUGCUUCCGCUCUUCCGGCGCGCUGCGAUCGCCCGGACUUCCUCGCUUCUCAGAGCUCGUCUUUUCGCUCCUGCCUCCGGAUUCCAUUCUCGCUUUUCCAAUGGACUAUACCACUUGGACGACAAGAUUGGUAGCAGUAAUGGUGUGAGGCCUGCGUCUAUAGACAUGAUUACAAGAAUGGAUGAUAGUCCUCCAAAGCCUAUUCUGCGAUUUGGCUUGCAAAACUUUUCAUCUACAGGACCCAUAUCACAGACGGUUCUUGCAAUGCCAGCAUUGUCUCCUACUAUGAGUCAUGGAAAUGUUGUGAAAUGGAUGAAGAAAGAAGGUGACAAGGUAGAGGUGGGUGAUGUACUAUGUGAAAUAGAGACAGACAAAGCCACUGUAGAAUUUGAGAGUCAAGAGGAAGGAUUUCUGGCCAAGAUUUUAGUCACUGAAGGAUCAAAGGAUAUCCCUGUUAAUGAACCGAUUGCAAUAAUGGUUGAGGAGGAAGACGACAUUCAAAACGUUACUGCUACCAUAGAGGGUGGACGAGUUGGUAAAGAGGAAACAUCAGCUCAGCAAGAGAUGAAACCUGACGAAAGCACACAACAAAAAGGUUCCAUUCAGCCCGAUACAUCAGAUCUUCCCCCACAUGUCGUCUUAGAAAUGCCAGCACUUUCUCCUACAAUGAACCAAGGUAACAUUGCCAAAUGGUGGAAAAAAGAGGGUGACAAGAUUGAAGUGGGUGAUGUCAUAGGUGAGAUCGAGACUGACAAAGCCACUCUGGAAUUUGAAAGCCUUGAAGAGGGGUACUUGGCUAAAAUUCUAAUUCCUGAAGGUUCCAAGGAUGUGGCGGUCGGAAAGCCAAUUGCCCUUAUAGUUGAAGAUGCUGAAAGUAUUGAAGUCAUCAAGUCUUCUUCCGCAGGUAGUUCUGAGGUUGAGACAGUUAAAGAAGUCCCUCACAGUGUUGUAGAUAAACCUACAGGGAGGAAAGCAGGCUUCACAAAGAUCAGUCCUGCUGCGAAGCUAUUGAUUUUAGGACAUGGAUUGGAGGCAUCAUCAAUUGAGGCAUCGGGUCCCUAUGGUACAUUACUGAAAUCAGACGUUGUGGCCGCAAUUGCUUCUGGAAAAGUUUCUAAAACAUCUGCGUCUAUGAAGAAGAAGCAACCGUCUAAGGAGACCCCGUCUAAAUCCUCAUCCACAUCGAAGUCUUCUGUGACACAGUCAGAUAAUUAUGAAGAUUUUCCCAAUAGUCAAAUUCGCAAGAUUAUAGCAAAACGUUUAUUGGAAUCAAAACAGAAGACACCCCAUUUGUAUUUACAAUCAGAUGUUGUAUUGGAUCCUCUUCUUGCAUUUAGAAAAGAACUUCAAGAAAACCAUGGCGUUAAAGUGUCUGUCAAUGACAUAGUUAUUAAAGCAGUGGCAGUCGCACUGAGGAAUGUACGGCAAGCUAAUGCUUUCUGGGAUGCUGAGAAAGAAGAUAUCGUUAUGUGUGACAGUGUUGACAUAUCAAUUGCAGUUGCAACUGAGAAGGGCUUAAUGACUCCAAUUAUCAAGAAUGCAGACCAGAAAUCUAUUUCUGCUAUUUCCUUAGAGGUUAAGGAGCUGGCACAAAAGGCGCGUUCUGGAAAGCUUGCUCCUCAUGAGUUUCAAGGAGGGACAUUCAGCAUAUCAAAUCUAGGGAUGUAUCCUGUGGACCAUUUCUGCGCAAUCAUUAACCCCCCUCAGGCUGGGAUUCUAGCAGUUGGUAGAGGAAAUAAAGUGGUUGAGCCAGUUAUUGGACUAGAUGGAAUUGAGAAGCCUUCUGUUGUAACAAAAAUGAAUGUAACGUUAUCCGCUGAUCAUCGGAUCUUUGAUGGACAAGUUGGAGCUUCGUUUAUGUCUGAGUUGCGUUCAAACUUUGAGGAUGUUCGAAGACUUCUUCUGUGAGAAAGAUCCAACUGUUUAUCAAAUGAAUCUUGGAUUAUUAC